AUGAACCCACCGAAAGAGGGUAAAUACCUAGCGGAGCGGUGCUCUUUGAUCCAAGGCUUACGAGGCGUCAUGGAGGAGAUGACGGCUAAGGGAACUCUCACGGGAGCUGAGGCCGAUACCCUCGUUAACAUCGCGUUUGAGGAGCUCCUGGCUGAGUUCGACCAGACACCCACGGCUGAACGCCGCAUCGUAGUGCGGAACGGCAUGAUAGGUUUGUAUAGGUACAAUGCUGGCGAGUGGGAGCUGACAUUCUCCUAUCCGGACUUCAGCAUGCAGGACGCUCGCUCCAACGCGAUAAGCCCUCUUGGAGGACCAAGCAUUGGAUUGAUUGGAACGGGGGAGCCAAUUAUCAAGGGCCGACGGAAGAACAAGGGACGUGGCGGACCACACCGAAUUCCCAGUUCAAUUCGUGAGAUAUUCGCCAGCACUGAGCGUUCUGACAGCAGUAGUGACUCCCCCAUGGAAGCCACUGCAGACCAGUUUGGCGCCCCAGGUCUACAGUCACCUCUGUCAUCAAUGGCGACAGAUCUGUCCGGUCUGCAAGCGUCGAUUUGGACCCCUAAAGCUAGUGAUCGCCCAGUUCGAACUCCGGGAGCUGGAGGCUCCCUCACGAGGGCUAGUGAUGGUGGACAACGUGAUAGUGACAGCACAGCGUCUCUGCAAGGAUCUGUCGUGCCCUCGCACACCCCAUCAGCGAGUGUCGUUGAUCCUGGAUGUUGGACGCCUGGUACGCCUCCCACCAGCUGGACUGCCUCUGGUUGUGGACACCCUAUGAUAUUUUUCCCAGUGAGUCUCAUACUCAUCCGUCGUAUCGUUCGAGGCCUCCGGCGAGCAGCAGUGGCAGGAUGUACAACCAGAUGUUCCCGGAUGGAGUUUCAACCCCGCAAGCAGGUCAUCGUAGCAGGUGAGGUAGUACUCAAUGGAUCGAAUUUGUGGCCUUCAAUACCUCUUCGGCAUGGCUCGUCCAACACAGGGUAUGCUGGUAGCGACGCAGCAUCUCAAAGAACAUCGACAACGCCGUGCAGUGGGACGUUUGGUGCUGAUGUUGGCGCUGGGAAACUGAAAGGCCGUGGCGGCCACAAUCAUAACUCACCUAGUGUCACGUUGGAGGAGAUACAGGACAAGAUUCUCGAGAUGGCUAUGGACCGUAGUGGCAGUCGUGUCCUACAGAAGUUGAUCUCGGAUACUUCGGCGAGUGCUGCGGAUGGAGGGGCCCAUGACGAGUUGGAGAAGCUCAUUGAUGCUAUCAUCCAUGAGAUACAGCCGGUAUUGUCUCGUAUAAUGUGCGACACAUAUGCUAACUACAUGUGCCAGCAACUUUUCCAAGUCUCUUCAGCGAGUCAGAGGAUCGCUCUGCUCCGCAAUGUCCUGGAGAAUAUAGUCUACAUAUCGCAAGACCGUCGUGGAACCCAUUCUCUCCAGGCAUUGAUAGCUUGUAUGCAAACACCGCAGGAGCACGCUCUGCUAGCGGAGACGCUACAUGGCAACGUUAACAAGAUGGCACUCGAUGUUCAUGCAACUCACGUUUUACAACAAACCAUCACCAAAUGCACGCCUGAUGGUCCCGGCAAGGAGUAUAGUCACUUGCCUAUGGCUGAUUUUGGUUUCAUUUUCGACGAUAUUUACAGAAAUCUUGAGGCUCUCGCUGGUGAUCCGAACGGUCUGGGUGUCGUGAAGAAGUGUAUUUCUCAUGCGCCGUGGUACGAUGAUGGCUCAUACGUAGAAAAGUACAAGUCGAAGAUGCUGAACAAGCUACAGUACUUUGUUGAGAACCCGUAUGCUAACUACGCUGUUCAGCAUGCCUUGGAAAUAUGGGGACCUGAAGUUUGUACUGACAUUAUCACCAAGAUAUCCGAGAGUAUCAUAUCGAUGGCGAUCCAUAAGUUCGCAUCCAAUGUUGUAGAAACAGCCCUGAAAGUCUCACCAGAUGAUAUGCGUGUUAUGCUCAUUCACCGCUUGAUCGACUACGGUAACACGUCGUGCCAAAAUGCAGCGAUGAUAACUCUCAUGAACAGCGCGUACGGUGUUUUCGUCAUGUCCACUGCACUUCGUUUGGCGCCUACUACGGAACUAUGUGAGCAGAUAUAUGGAGCGUUAGUUAGGAACUACCAGCGCUUACCCGAUAGCCGUAACAAACAGAAGUGGGACAAGGUCCUCGUGAUGGCCGAGAAGCGUUGCAAGAAGGUAUAG